CUUAAAUCCUUUCCAGAUCGAGGCCGGCAAGAUGGCGGCGGACACGCAGGGACAGGUUUCAGACACACUGAAGAGAUUCGCUGUGAAAGUCACGUCAUCCAGUGUUAAAGAGCGCAAAGAAAUUCUUGGAGAACUGAAGGAAUGUGUGAAGGGAAAGGAGCUUCCAGAGCCAGCCAUCAAAGGACUGUGCAGACUCUUCUAUCUCACGCUGCACAGAUACAGGGAUGCUGCGUCUCGACGAGCGUUACUGUCAGUCAUCGAAGUGCUGGUUCAGUCUCAGCCUGAUGCGGUGGCCUGUAAUCUGCCUUCAGGUCUGCUCAGCUGCGGUGUGGUCAGCAGAGGAGCGAUGCCCGGGAAGAGUUCGGCGUCUGGAGCAUGCUGCGCUCUGCCCUGGACCUGUCUGAUAGUCCGCUUCGUCUUUCCCACCGCAGACAAGAGAGAAGGAGCCAACUGGAAGAAACUGGUGGAGGUUCAGAGUUUGCUGCUGGCAGAGGCAGUGGGCGGAGCCUCAGGGAACGCACUCAAGUCAAUCAACAAACACUUCAACAAGCUGUGGAAGGAGAACCCGGGUCUGGUGGAUCAGUACAUGAGCACUGUUUUGAGUCUGGAUCAGAGUUGUGUGUUUGUUCCUCUGCUGGGGAUGUGUGUUGAUUUCUGCACCGCACAGAGAGACAUUGCCACCGUCAACAAACACAAGGCAGCUCUCCUGGAUCUCUACAUGAAGACGGUGCUGAUGAGUAAAACUAAACCACUUCAGCACAUACUGGAAAAGAGCGGUUCUAUUCUUCGCCACAUGUCUCACGCUGAGUUUAAGGAGCAGCUUCUGCCCACAUUACAGAAAGCUCUUCUGCGCAGCCCUGAAAACUGCAUGCAGACAAUCUCCUCCAUGUUGGCGUCUCUCACUCUGGAUCUGAGUCAGUACGCGCUGGACAUCGGGAAGGGCAUCUCCAGUCAGCUGAAGGCUAAUAACCCAGAGCUGAUGGAGCAGGCGGUGACGACGCUGCAGAAUUUGACCCAGCAGUGCAGUGACCCAAGCGCCGUCCAGGACCUCGCCAAACACCUCUUCAACAUCCUUGCAGGCUCAGAGGGGAAGCUGACGGUUGUGGCCCAGAAGAUGAGCGUCCUCUCGGGAAUCAGGAGCUGCAGUCAUCACGCUGUCUCUGGCUCUUCUUCUCAGUCUCUGAGCUCCAGCGUGGCUGUAAUGUUCAUCCCAUAUCUGCAGCAGGAAGUCCACGAGGGGACGCUGGUCCAUGCGGUGUCGGUGUUGUCUCAGUGGACGAGCCGCCUGACGCUGGAUGUGCCCUCAGAGUUGAGAGACUGGUUUAAAAAAGCCUUCACCCUGAAGACGUCCACAUCCGCUGUGCGCCACGCGUACCUGCAGGCCAUGAUCGGCGCUUUUAAAGGUGACUCUCUCAGCCAGGCUUUAGACUUCCUGCCUCUCCUCAUCCAGACGGUGGAGAAAGCUGCAGCUCAGAAUACCCAGCAUACACUGCUCUCUGAGGCCGUGGCUGCAUCUGUGCUGCUCUGUCGGCUCUCUGUGCUGGACUCUGUGUCUGAAGCGAAGCUGACGUCCUUCUGGAACCUGAUCCUGGAUGAGAAGAAGCCUCUGUUUACCACUGAGAAGUUCCUCUCUCAGGCCAGUGAAGAAGCCCUUUGCACUGUUCUACUGCUCUGUGAAAGACUGUUCCUGGAUCAGCCACAAAGACUCAACAACAGCAAGUCUCAGAUGUACCAUCAGGCCACAGUGAUGCCGCUGCUCUCCCGUCUGUGGCCCGUACGCAAACGCGCUCAGCAAACUGUGAAGAAGCUCCUGUCCUCACUGGGUGGAUCCAGUCUGGCCCACGGCCUUCUGGCAGAACUGCGUGUAGUUAUUAACAAACACAAGAUUCUGCCGGCAGACGUGCUGUACACAGAGACGGGUGAACUGACGGAGACAGGCCGCUCGUAUGUAUCUCCGCGGGUCCUGCAGGAGGCUCUGAGUGUCAUCUGCUCAGUCGCGGCCCAGUGGAACGCCCCGGAUGAGACAGAGAAACUGGCCCUGGAGAUCCUCAUCGUUACCCAUCAUCCCUCCAUCGUGGCUGUCCGGUCUGAGCUGUGGUCUUCUCUGUUGUCCACUAUGAAGCUGGACUCUGCUCAAUUCAUCGACAAACACCUAGAAGUGAUUCUACCUCGCCUGCUGGAAGCCAACACAGACAAUCAGGCUGUUCAGAAUGCUGUCGGUUCUCUGUCUCUGCUGUCUCCCAACAAACUGCUGCCUCGAGUCAUGGAUCACGUGACCCAGCGAUUGUCCAAUCCUGCGCUGAGUCUGGUGACGCGUCAGGAAUACGCAAUCCUGCAAACUCCAGAGGGAGAACUUUAUGACAAGAGCAUCAUUAUGAGCGCACAGCAGGAGAGCACAAAGAAAGGCAACAUGAAGAGAGAGAAUAAAGCGUAUUCCUUCAAAGAGCAGAUCAUUGAACUGGAGCUUCAGGAGGAGAUCAAGAAGAAAAAGGGCAUCAAAGAGGAGAUCCAGUUGACCAGCAAACAGAAGGAGAUGAUGCAGAUCCAGCUGGAGAAAGAGUCUGCUAUCCGCAAGCGUCUGCAGGAGCUGGACGUGGAGCUGCAGUGUGCUGUUGGUCUGCUGGAAGCCGCUCUGGCUCGUCGUCCUCCGCUCAUCUGGAUGCACCUUCCAGCGCUGGUGCAGGUUCUUCUGCCACUCCUGCAGUCUCCUCUGGCUGCUUCAUUAAUAAAGCGCGUAUUUCUGCAGAUCGGCAUCACUCUGAUGCCUAAAGAACUGCACCAGCUGGCGGUUCUGGUGGGUCAUGUGACCUUGCGUCUGCUGAAGCCAGAGUGUGAUUUGGAUCCAGCCUGGGCUCAAGAAGACCUGAACACAGCGACGCAGAGAACCAUCUCGCUGCUGCACCAAAGAGACAGCAAAACAGGUUCAGAUGUGCUGGUGUUGUCAGCUCCAGCGUUCUCCUUCUGUUUCCCGCUGCUUCAGGCUGUGUUGAGUCAGAGCAGCGGCUCCUCGGAGGAGUCUGAGCUCAUGAUGAUGCGAGCGCUGCAGGUCAUCAACACACACGCACAGCUGCGGGCGCAGGACGACACCACCGACACCUUCAUAGACGAGAAUGGCCCAGAGCUGCUGCCGAGGGUCAGUAUGCUACAGCUGCUGACCAAAGUGAUCGGGACGUCCACUCCUCGCCUUCAGGUUCUGGCGUCGGGCUGUCUGACAGCUCUGUGUGGCAGUGCUGGGGGUCAGGAGGGUUGUGCUCUCGCUGAACAGCCUGAGAUCGAUGUUCUGCUGGAGGCUUUACUGUCCUCCUGUUUCUCUGUCAGAGACGCUGCGCUCCGGGGUCUGCUGGAGAUGGAGCUGGCGUUACCCACCGACAGCACUGAUGUCAAUGGCCUGAAGGUGCUGAGGAGGCUCUGGGUGGCCAAGUUUGAUGUGGAGGAGGAGGCCAGGGCUCUGGCGGAGAAACUGUGGCAGGCUCUGUGUCUGGAUCUGGUGCCGGAGCUGUGUCCGCUGCUGAUUGAGGAUGUGAUCCAGCAUGAGGAGGCGGUGCGUUCGGCCGGUGCGGAGGCUUUGUCCAGCGCCGUCAGUCAGUAUCAGGAGCAGUCGGCCACCGUCCUCUCACAGCUCACUCAACUCUACCAUCAGAAGCUCUAUAGGCCGCCUCCAGUUCUGGAUGCUCUGGGACGUGUUAUUUCUGAAGCACCUCCUGACCAAUGGGAGGCCAGGUGUGGCAUUGCUCUAGCGCUGAACAAAUUGGCCGAGUACCUGGAUGAGAGUCAGGUGACGCCACUUUUCUUGUUCUUUGUGCCGGACGCUCUAAAUGACAGACACCCCGAGGUGCGCCGCUGCAUGCUGGACGCAGCACUGUCUGCUCUCAACACACAUGGCAAGGAUAACGUGAGCUCUCUGCUGCCCGUGUUUGAGGAGUUUCUGAAGAACGCACCGCAGGACGCCAGCUAUGACUCUGUGCGGCAGAGUGUCGUCAUCCUCAUGGGCUCGCUGGCUAAACAUCUGGACAAGAGCGACCCCAAAGUCAAACCCAUCGUGGCCAAGCUGAUCACAGCCCUCUCCACUCCCUCACAGCAGGUUCAGGAAUCGGUGGCGAGUUGUCUUCCUCCUCUGGUUCCUGCUAUAAAGGAGGAUGCAGGAGGGAUGGUGCGGAAACUCCUGCAGCUGCUGCUGGAGAGCGACAAAUACGCAGAGCGCAAAGGAGCUGCGUACGGACUGGCCGGACUGGUCAAAGGUCUGGGCAUCUUAUCACUCAAACAGCAGGAGAUCAUGACCACCCUGACGGACGCCAUUCAGGAUAAGAAGAACUCCAGACGCAGAGAAGGUGCUCUGUUUGCGUUUGAGAUGCUGUGUAACAUGCUGGGGAAGUUAUUCGAGCCGUAUGUGGUUCACGUCCUUCCUCACCUGCUGCUGUGUUUCGGUGAUGGGAAUCAGUACGUCAGAGAGGCUGCAGAUGACUGUGCUAAGGCUGUGAUGAGGAAUCUGAGUGCUCACGGGGUGAAGCUGGUUUUGCCGUCUCUGCUGGUGGCGCUGGAGGAAGAGUCCUGGAGAACCAAAGCAGGCUCAGUGGAGUUGCUGGGUGCGAUGGCGUACUGCGCUCCUAAACAGCUGUCCUCAUGUCUGCCCAACAUCGUCCCGAAGCUGACGGAGGUUCUGACAGACUCUCAUGUGAAGGUGCAGAAAGCCGGACAGCAGGCGCUUCGACAGAUCGGCUCCGUCAUCCGCAACCCUGAGAUCCUCGCGAUCACGCCGAUCCUGCUGGACGCUCUGACUGACCCGUCUCACAGGACGCAGCACUGCCUGCAGACACUGCUGGACACUAAGUUUGUGCACUUCAUUGACGCUCCGUCUCUGGCUCUGAUCAUGCCCAUCGUCCAGAGAGCCUUCCAGGACAGAUCCACCGACACACGCAAGAUGGCGGCGCAGAUCAUCGGAAACAUGUACUCACUCACUGACCAGAAGGAUCUGUCUCCGUAUCUGCCCAGUGUGAUUCCAGGCCUCAAAGCAUCUCUGUUGGACCCCGUGCCGGAGGUGCGGACUGUGUCAGCAAAGGCUCUGGGUGCGAUGGUGAAGGGAAUGGGCGAGUCCUCCUUUGAGGAUCUGCUGCCGUGGCUGAUGGAGACUCUGGCAUCUGAACAGAGCUCAGUGGAUCGAUCCGGAGCAGCACAAGGUCUGGCUGAGGUGAUGGCAGCUCUAGGUGUGGAGAAGCUGGAUAAACUGAUGCCUGAUGUGGUUCAGACAGCCAGUAAAGUGGACAUCGCCUCUCACGUCCGAGACGGAUAUAUCAUGAUGUUCAUCUACCUUCCUCUGACCUUCGGGGACAAGUUCACCCCGUAUGUGGGUCCCAUCAUCCCCUGCAUUCUGAAGGCUCUGGCCGAUGAGAACGAGUAUGUCCGAGACACAGCUCUGCGUGCAGGUCAGAGGAUCAUCAGCAUGUAUGCAGAGACGGCCAUCGCUCUUCUGCUGCCCGAGCUGGAGCAGGGCCUGUUUGAUGACCUCUGGAGGAUCAGAUUCAGCUCUGUGCAGUUGCUAGGAGACCUGCUGUUCCAUAUCUCUGGGGUAACAGGAAAGAUGACAACAGAAACAGCAUCAGAGGAUGACAACUUUGGCACGGCCCAGUCCAACAAGGCCAUUAUCUCAGCUCUGGGUGCAGAGAGGCGUAACCGUGUGCUGUCUGGACUCUACAUGGGCCGCUCGGACACACAGCUGGUGGUCCGACAGGCGUCUCUUCACGUGUGGAAGAUUGUAGUUUCAAACACUCCUCGAACCCUCAGAGAAAUCCUGCCCACACUCUUCACACUGUUGCUGGGCUUCCUGGCCUCCACCUGCCCCGACAAGAGAACGAUCGCCGCUCGUACUCUGGGCGACCUGGUGAGAAAGCUGGGCGAGAAGAUCCUGCCGGAGAUCAUUCCCAUCCUGGAGGACGGUCUGCGUUCAGACAAGAGUGAUGAGCGGCAGGGUGUCUGCAUCGGCCUCAGUGAGAUCAUGAAGUCCACCAGCAAAGACGCUGUUCUGGUGUUCUCCGAGUCUCUGGUGCCCACCGUGCGCAAGGCUCUGUGUGACCCACUGGAGGAGGUUCGAGAAGCGGCUGCUAAAACCUUCGAGCAGCUUCACACCACCAUCGGCCACCAGGCCCUGGAUGACAUCCUGCCCGCACUGCUCAAACAACUGGAGGACGAGGAGACGUCAGAGUUUGCUCUGGAUGGACUGAAGCAGGUCAUGGCUGUGAAGAGUCGCUCAGUCCUGCCGUACCUGGUUCCCAAGAUCCCCAUCGCCUGCAGUGGAAUCAGAGCCAUGGGUUUCCUGAUGAGACACCAGCUCCGCUCUGGAGGCUCAGAGAGCGUAUCGCCUCGCAUCAUCACACAGUUCAUCAAGUGUCUGCAGAACCAGUCGAGUGACAUUCGUCUGGUGGCGGAGCGGGUGUUGUGGUGGGUCUGGAAGGAGGACGAAACCCCCAUUCUAGAGCCCAGUCUGGUCAAACCUCUCAUCAAAGCCCUGCUGGACAACACCAAAGACAAGAACACCAGCGUCCGAGCGCAGAGCGAACACACACUCGUCAGCCUGCUGAGACUGCGGCGCGGAGAACACAACAUGCAGAGCAUCAGUGCCAUCCUGGACUCGGCCAGUAAUGAUCUGCUGUCCGAAUGUCACCGCAGAUCCCUAAAGAAGAUCUCCAGCCUUCCAGACUCCAAUGAAGAGAUCGACGACACCAUCCUCACGUGAUCACACACAAACAAACCUGGCAGCGUAUUUAUUGUGCUGAGCCCCUCACAUCGCCAUCUAAAAAAAAAAAACCUAGUUUCCUUAAUUGGCUGAUUAUUUGUAAAUGAAGAGCUCAUCUGCACUAAACAGAUCACUCAGUUUUUAUCACUCUUCAUACGUCAUGUUGUUUUAUUUAGCAUCGAUCAAGGUGUUAUUAUAAAAAUGUCUUGAACUGAGUGAUCUGUUUUCUGCAAAUGAACUCUUUCAGUGUAUAUUUUUCGUUUGGCUUUCCUCUGGAAGAUGAAGUGUUCAUUUGUGCCAAUUGUUUUCCAACACUGAUGUUCGGAUGCCCUUUUUUAUUUGGUUUGGACGGUGAGUUUCUUCAGUUGUGCGUGUGUGUGUGUGUUUGUGUGUGUGAGAGACGCGUGAGCCUUUAUCAACCCAGAGGACGAGAUGCUGAUUCUGCGGUCACUAAUAAUGGCUGGAUGAAUAAAUAGAAAAUGAAAACCUUGAUUUAAUAAACGGUUUGACUUAAGGAA